AUGGCGACGGCUCUCUAUGUCCUCAACGUGUCUGAUGACAACAGCUCCGCGUGGAACCUAUCCAGCUCCUCCUUCAGCGGCCUGGACAGGGUGUUUGAGCUGCGGCCCCUCUUCAUCCCUCUGUACGCCAUGGUGGUCCUGGUGGCGUGCUCGGGCAACCUUCUCCUGCUGCUCCUCAUCGGCCUCAACAAGAAGCUCCACAGCACCACCAACUUCCUGAUCUGCAACCUGGCGCUGGUGGACCUGGUCAUGUGUAUCUUCUGCGUGCCCAUGACCGUCUCGUACGCCUUCGACCGGCGCGGCUGGCUGUUCGGGCCCUUCACCUGCCACUUUGUCACACUCAUGCAGUCGGCCACGGUGUUUGCCGCCGUGCUCUCGCUCACGGCCAUCGCGGUGGACCGCUACGUCGUGGUGGCGUACCCCAUCCGGCGGCGAGCUGGGCGACACUUCUGCGGAGGCCUGGUGGUGACCAUCUGGCUGUGCGCCCUCGCCAUGUCCACCCCGACGGCAUUGCACACGGGCUACCUGGACCUGAGCGCCACCGGACACCACAUGAUCGUGUGCGAGGAGUUCUGGUACGGCGAGGAGAGGGGACGCCUGGUCUACUCCUGCUUCUUCCUGUUGCUGUCCUACUUUGUGCCCCUGAGUGCCGUCAGCGUGUCCUAUUGCGCCAUCUCUUGCCACCUGCGGAACCGCCACCUGUCGGGCCUGAUGGCAGCGCUGCCGUCCUCCUACCCGGAGAAGUGGGGGCGCAAGCGGAGGAAGACCUUCCGCCUCCUGCUGGUCUCCGUGCUCUGCUUCGCCUUCUCCUGGCUGCCCUUGCAGGUGGUGAACCUCAUCCGAGACCUGGACAGUGACUUCGCCAUCCUGGGGAAAGACCACGUCAACAUCAUCCAGGUGUCGUGCCACCUGUUCGCCAUGUGCUCGGCCUGCUACAACCCCUUCAUCUACGCCUCGCUCCACGACAAGUUCCUGACCUACCUGUGCCACCGCGUGCUGGCCAGACGGAGGCUGGAGAGGGCCAGGAGCAGGAGCCUCAACACCUCCUCCAACCGCCUCACGCGCCUCCACACCUCCUCCACCCUCACCGACAUCCAGGCCAUCAGUGCCAAGGUCAGCACCCGCGAGGAGCUGACGGCGCUGCGAUGAUGAACCAGCAUCUCUCUCGUCUCGUCUCGUCUCGUGGGAUCCUUGCUGUCACCUCGCUUGCAAUCACUGCUGCCGCGCUGGUCGCUCCCGCAGAUCCUUGCAAUCACACUACACUUCAGCUCGCAGAUCCUUACAAUCACAGAAACCCUCUAAUGGCCUGGUGGGGACCAAGCUGUUGCCUUUGCGUUUUGUGGUGACUUGCUCUGCCCCAGCUUGGAACAUUGUGGAUUUGUGGCUCGUUUCAUUGCCGCUUCAGCACAAAAAAAUAAUGUCAGACUAUGAUGAGUUUAGGAAUAGGCUGUGAAACUUGGGUCUCACUCUUAACCUUAAAAGAAUGUAUUGGUAUAUAGAUCGUAGAACAGAUGCCAAAUGUUUGUGUGUGUGUGCUGUGCGGACGUGUCUGCCUACCUGCCAGGCUGCCUGCAUAUGUGCAUCUGUGUGUGCACACAUGGGUGAAUGAAGGCAAGGCAAUUUUAUUUCUAAAGCGCAU